CGCGCGGACGCCGGGGGCGUGGCUAUCCUGGGGCGGGGCCUGUGGACGGUCGCGUGUGGAGAGCUCGCGCGGCGCGGAUGGCGGGGCCGGUGAAAGACCGCGAGGCCCUCCAGAGGCUCAGCUUCUUGUACCAGGCCGCCCACUGCGUCCUCGCACAGGACCCAGAGAACCAGGCGCUAGCGAGGUUUUACUGCCACACGGAGAGGACCAUAGCAAAGCGGCUCGUAUUACGGCGGGACCCCUCGGUGAAGCGAACUCUCUGCCGUGGCUGCUCUUCCCUCCUCAUCCCUGGUCUGACCUGCACCCAGCGGCAGAGACGCUGCAAGGGUCAGCGCUGGACUGUACAGACCUGCCUGACAUGCCAGCGCAGCCAGCGGUUCCUCAACGACCCGAGGCAUGUGCUCUGGGGAGACCGGCCCGAGGCCCAGCUGGGGAACCAGGCAGAUCCCAAACCACCACAGCCCUUGCCAAACACAGCCCACCCCAUUCCAGCCCAGCUUCCUGAGGAGAAAGUGCAGCCUCAGAGCUCCAGUCACCAGUGAUGGACUCACUCUGUCUUCCAAAUAAAUUUUAAUUCUGCUUAACUUU